CAUUUGAAGCAGCUCCUCCGGGGUGUUUGAACAGGAAGGCGGACAUGUUGGCCGAGCCGUGUGAGGAAAAAAAAAAUUGUGCACAGUAUGCGAUUGUUUUCCGAAUACUAACGCGCAUCUUACGUGAUUCCUAUUUAUGUUGAGUGCGAGUGCUCCUGCAAGUUUGGACGGUGGGGGAAGCAGUCGACAUUUAACGCCGGCCGACGGGACGCAGCGGAAGGAACCGCCGUUGAGAACGUUAAAGCGUCUCCGUGUUUAAACUUCGAAAUUUGGAAGAAGCAGAAGUUUUUUUUUUUUCCACCACUUCUACUUUUGGAGCUGUCAGACGGGUGGCUUUCUGCGGAGGCCUGGUACAGCUAUGGGAACGCGUUUGGAUUAGUAUUCCCUCUGUUUAUUCUUUUUUUUUUUGAACAUUGCAUUUACCUAUAAUUGCCUUUUGUUUGGAGCGUUUUUAAGCCCUUAUCCUCAGCGGCAUCCUACGGGAGGUUUGUCUAAUCUUGUCGCCACAUUUAUCUUUGCCGCUGAAGUUGUUGGCCACUUGUACUGAGGAGGGAAGGGGGGUAAAAAAAGACCUUCCCCGACGUGGAAAAUGUGGAGUGUUAGGUGCCGCAUCGACGCUUUGGUUGUCCGCGAAAGCUCCGGGACAACGAUGCAUUUUCUUUGAGGCGCGGUGUAAAGUUCACACGAAGAAACGGACGCUUGGCUGGCUAGCUACAACUGGCUAACGCUAGCUAGCUAGCCAGCUUUCUCGCCUCGCCAGUGAGCUGUUUUUUUUUUGUUUGUUUUUGUUUUUUUUAUUCACAAUAACCCGGCCUCGGGACUGUGCUCGACAGCGAAAAUGUCCGCAGGAGAAGCCAUGGAGGGACGGUUUGAGAAAAUCGAUGCCAUGUUACAGGACCCCAAGUCGGAAGUCAACACUGAUUGUCUACUGGAUGGCUUGGACGCUCUGGUGUACGACCUCGACUUCCCCGCCCUUAGGAAAAACAAGAGCAUCGACAACUUCUUGAAUAGAUAUAAAAAAACCAUUAGUAAAAUUCGGGAUCUACGAAUGAAAGCAGAUGACUAUGAAGUGGUCAAAGUCAUUGGCAGAGGGGCAUUUGGAGAGGUUCAACUGGUAAGGCACAAGUCCACAUCCAAAGUAUACGCCAUGAAGCUGCUGAGCAAGUUUGAGAUGAUCAAAAGGUCCGACUCUGCUUUCUUCUGGGAAGAGAGGGACAUAAUGGCGUUUGCCAACAGUCCGUGGGUGGUGCAGCUCUUUUUUGCAUUCCAAGAUGACCGCUACCUGUACAUGGUGAUGGAGUACAUGCCGGGUGGAGACCUGGUUAACUUGAUGAGCAACUAUGACGUGCCAGAGAAGUGGGCCCGCUUUUACACGGCGGAGGUGGUGCUGGCUCUGGAUGGAAUCCACUCCAUGGGCUUCAUUCACAGAGACGUAAAGCCUGAUAACAUGUUGCUCGACAAAGCAGGCCACUUAAAGCUUGCAGACUUUGGAACGUGUAUGAAGAUGAACGAGGACGGGAUGGUACAGUGUGACACAGCGGUCGGAACGCCAGACUACAUUUCCCCCGAGGUACUGAAAUCCCAAGGAGGAAACGGCAACUACGGCAGAGAGUGUGACUGGUGGUCAGUAGGAGUGUUUCUCUAUGAGAUGCUUGUCGGCGACACUCCUUUCUACGCAGACUCAUUGGUGGGGACUUACAGCAAAAUCAUGAACCACAAGAACGCCCUGACCUUCCCGGACGACAGCGACAUUUGCAACGACGCCAAGAAUCUCAUCUGUGCUUUCCUGACUGACAGGGAAGUUCGUCUUGGCCGUAACGGAGUAGACGAGAUCAAGAGGCAUCCUUUCUUCAAAAACGACCAGUGGACAUGGGAGAACAUCCGAGAGACUGCUGCCCCCGUGGUGCCUGAGCUCAGCAGUGACGUCGACACCAGUAACUUUGAUGAGAUCGAGGAGGACCGGGGAGAGGAGGAGACCUUUCCAAUACCCAAGGCCUUCGUGGGCAAUCAGCUCCCUUUUGUCGGCUUCACAUAUUACAGCAGUCAACAUCCUCUACGUGGUUCCUCCGCCUCAAAGACCAGUGACAAACGGAGCAGUGCAACGAAAGAGGACAAGAGUCACCUGGAGAACUUGCAAAAACAGAUCUACGUAUUAGAGGAGCAACUCCACAGUGAAAUGCAACAAAAGGAUGAGCUGGAACAGAAAUGCAGGGCGUCAAACAACAAGAUUGAGAAGAUUAUGAAGGAAUUGGAUGAGGAGGCGAACCUGAGGAAGAGUUUAGAAGCCAACGUGUCUCUGCUGGAGAAAGACAAGAUUAUGCAGCAGCACAGAUCUACAGAGUACCUGAGAAAAGCUGACCAGGAGGGUGAAAAGAGGCGCAAUUUAGAGAAUGAAGUGUCGACUCUGAAGGAGCAGCUUGAAGAUAUGAAGAAGAUCAGUCAGAACUCACAGGCCUCUAAUGAAAAGAUUGCCCAAUUGCAGAAGCAGCUGGAGGAGGCGAACGACUUGCUGCGCGCCGAGUCGGACACGGCGGCGAGGCUGAGGAAGAGCCACACGGAAAUGGCCAAGUCGAUGAGCCAGCUGGAGACUUUGAACCGCGAGCUGCAGGAGAGGAGCCGGGCAGCGGACGGAGAGAAGGCCCAGCUGGAGAAGGAGCUCCUGCUCCUUCAGAGCGCGCUGGAGUCGGAGCGCCGCAACUACAGCCAGGGAUCAGAGGAGAUGAGGGAACUGCAAGCGAGAUUGGCCGGACUGCAGGAGGACAACAAGAACCUGAAGAUCAGUCUGUCUAAAGUGGAGGGAGACCGGAAGCAAGCCCAAGAAAGGAGCAACUACCUGGAGAAGGAAAUGAACAGUUUGGAGAUCGACCUGAACUACAAGCUGAAGACCCUGAAGCAGCGUCUGGAGCAGGAGCAGACGGAGCACAAAGUGACGCGGGCGCAGCUCACAGACAAAUACGAAUCCAUCGAAGAAGCCAAAUCAGCCGCUAUGAUUGCUGUUCAGCACAAGAUGGCCGAGGAGACUGGAGCCCGGAUGAGAGCAGAAGGCCGGGUGGUGGAGGUGGAGAAGCAGUGCUCGAUGUUAGAAUUUGACCUGAAGCAGUCGGUGCAGAAAAUGGAGCAGCUGAUGAAGCAAAAGGAAAGGCUGGAGGAUGAGCUGAAAAGUCUGCACAUACAUCUGGAACAGGAGUCAAGUAAGCGAGUGGUGGCCCAGAACGACCUGAAGAGCCGCAUGCAGGACGUCGACCGCCUGAGGUGUUCGGAGAAGCAGCUCAAGCAGGAGAUCAACACGGCGCUGGAGAAUAAACGCUCACUGGAGUUCCAGCUGGCACAGCUCACAAAACAGUACAGAGGCAACGAGGGACAGAUGAGGGAACUUCAGGACCAGCUUGAAGCCGAACAGUAUUUUUCUACACUUUACAAAACUCAGGUUAAGGAACUGAAAGAUGAGAUGGAAGAACGGAACCGGCAGGUACAAGAAGCUCAGAAGAAGCUGCAGGAUGCGAUAGCUGAAAGGGACUCGUUGUCUGCUCAGCUGGACCUGACUGUAACCAAGGCCGAGUCUGAGCAGCUCGCUCGGGCUCUUCAGGAAGAGCAGUACUUUGAGCUCAACCAGGAGAACAAGAAAGCAACGGCUCGGCACAAGCAGGAGAUCAGCGAAAGAGAGGCCAUCAUUGCACGGCUGGAGGAAUCCAACAAAACUUUAACCAAAGACGUGGAGAAGCUCAGCAAAGACAAUGCGGAGUUGAGUGAAAAGCUUCAUGUUCAGGAGGAAGAAUAUGUCUCGCAGAAGGAAGAGAUCAUAGCGUCAGUCAAAGCCAACUAUGAAAAGGUGCUCCAAACGGAGCGCACCUUGAAGACUCAGGCUGUGAACAAGCUGGCAGAGAUCAUGAAUCGCAAAGAUAUGAAGCUCGACCAGAAGAAGAAAGGCAGCACUGCAGAGCUGCGCAAGAAGGAGAAGGAGAACCGCAAGCUUCAGCAGGAGCUCAAUCAGGAGAAGGAGAAGUUUAACCAAAUGUCCAUCAAGUGCCAGAAGGAGCUGAACGAGAUGCAGGCGCAACUCGCAGAAGAAUCCUCAAAUCGCAACGAUCUGCAGAUGCAGCUGGCGAGCAAGGAGAGCGACAUCGAGCAGCUCCUGGAGAAGCUGAGCGAUUUGCAGCAGCGCAUGGAAAAUUCAAGCGUCACCAGCUUGCAGGCGGACGAAACGGACCUAAAUACUGCAGAACCCAGACUGGAGGGUUGGUUGUCCGUUCCUAAUCGUGGUAAUAUCAAGCGAUAUGGGUGGAAGAAGCAGUAUGUGGUGGUGAGCAGUAAGAAGAUUCUGUUCUACAAUGAUGAGCAGGAUAAAGAGCAGUCUAACCCCUCCAUGGUACUCGAUAUUGACAAACUGUUUCACGUGAGACCAGUCACUCAAGGAGAUGUGUACCGAGCUGAAACGGAGGAGAUCCCUAGGAUAUUCCAGAUUCUGUACGCCAACGAGGCAGAGUGCAGAAAAGAGGCGGACAUGGAGGCGGUCCCUCAGGGCGACAGGACCAACUGUCACUUACACAAAGGACACGAGUUCAUCCCCACACUAUAUCACUUCCCCACCAACUGCGAGGCCUGCUCCAAGCCUUUAUGGAAUAUGUUUAAGCCGCCUGCGGCACUAGAGUGCCGCCGCUGCCAUGUGAAGUGCCACAAGGACCACAUGGAAAAGAAGGAGGACGUUAUUGUUCCUUGCAAAGUAAACUACGACGCCCGGCACAUGCUCCUACUGGCCAUGACCCAAGACGAGCAAAAGAAAUGGAUUGGCCACCUUGGAAAGAAGAUACCCAAGACCCCACCAUCAACAUUUUCUAGAGUCUCACCUCGUAGCAUGUCCACUCGCUCUGGACCCAACCAGUCCUUCCGCAAGAACCCUAAAAGCAAUACAGCCAAACUGAGCAGAGCGCAGUCCAGCCUCCAGGCAGCAAACACAACAUCAAGCACUUGUUGACAGGAACUUCUUCAGAAAGUGUUGAUGUUGUAUUUUAGAUUUCUUUUUUUUUUUCUCCACCUGACCUUCAAACCUUUUUUGUAUUUAUUGUUUGCAUUACUUGGUCCUCUUUUUUUAACACAAGACACUUCCUGGUUGGUUGUUUUCCUUCCUCCUGGGAUCUAUGCAGGUGACACUUGGGGUGUUUUUUGGGUUAAUAAACUAACAUUAUAGACUUUGCAACUCUCAUUUGAAUUGUCCGUAUUUUAUAUUUUUAUUCUUUAUCUGUCAAACAUGAUUCAAAUUUAAGCUGGUAAUACAGUUACAUUACCUGUUAGACUGAAUACUAACAAAUGUAAAGAUAAAUAGUUUUUUUUUUACUGGUGUUUGUUCUGUCUUUCAGCUAACCAUCUCAACAGUUGGGACUUUUUCUGGACUUUAAAACUUUCCCUCUUUUUAUUCUUCAACAAAAAAAACAAAA